AUGUCUUUUUUGACACCACUUUCUACAAUUGAGUUGAAUUUACACCAAACAAAAGAGACAAACAAUUCUGAUGAAGACAUUUCAAUGACAGCAACAAAUGGCAAAAAGUUGCCGAAAUGGCUUUUAGAGUUUGAGAGUUUCUCAGUAACUGAUAAUCAAUUGAAGAGUGACUCUAAAACACGUCCUCUCACUGAAAGCAGUGUCAGUCAAAGGCCUCAAUGGUUUAAGGAAUUGAUUCAACAAAGAAGAUCCAGUGAAGUGCUCACUGGUGUCGACUCUGACAACGAUUUGUUUGCCAUAAAUAAACAUAAACUUGAAAUCAAUGAAUUGGAUAGAAAUGUUAAACACAGAACCAAUACUUUGCUCGAUGACCACAAUCUUCUUCUCAAUAAUCAUAUAAUUGCCAAAAGUUUUGUAUCAAUUCCUAUUGAAUUACAAAAUAAAAGUAAAAUCCAAAAUCAAUCAAAAAGUCUUCAAAAUGCAUUCAAAUCCUGUGAAGAUUUAUCGUUUCAAAUCGAUGACCAUUUCAUUGACUUUACUAUUCCUGAACUUCCUUUUGGACGACAAUUAGAGAUUGAAAUCAUUAACAAUUGGGGCGAUGAAGACUACGUUGGAUUUAAUGGCAUCGAAAUCAUUGAUUUAAAUGAAUUUCAAGUCGAAGUUAAUAAGAUUUGGAGUAAUUAUCAUUUAGAUAGUGAUCUCAAUACUUUAGUUGACGGUAUAUACCGAACUCACGAUGACUCGCAUAUCUGGUGCACUCAAUUAGAUGCCAAAUGUCGACUGCCAUUAAAGAUAUUUAUCCAAUUUAAGACAAAUAUAUCGAUUGCAUUGAUCCGGAUCUGGAAUUACAACAAAUCGCGAAUAUAUUCGUACCGAGGGAUCAAAUUCAUUACAAUUAGUUUGGAUAAUAAACUGAUUUUCAGGGGAGAGAUCGCUAAAGCUUCGGGAACUCUCAUCGCACCCAUCGAGGCGUUUGGAGACACAAUCCUUUUUACUACCGAUGAAGACAUUCUAGAAUCAGUGGCUCAAAGGGAUCAAUCAUUUCAAGAAUUGGUUAAUGAGAUCAUACCGUUGACGCUUUAAAUU